ACUGCCAAGCUUUAGGGAAAACUGACAUGCGCCCAUGCAUGACCUGCUCGACCAUCCUGCGGAGCAGCGCAAGCUUGCUGGCACGUGCUAAAGGAUGGGCCGGUCGGCAGAGGCCGGCACCUGUAGUACUUGCACCCCAGCGGCUGCGGCGUGAGUUGCCCUGGAUCACCCUAGGUAGUGUGACAGCUGGCUUGCUCCUGGUGAAUUCCUCCAGUGCUAGCCACUGCGAGAAACAAACCAAGAAAGAGAACAAAUGUCACACCCGUCUCUAUCCGAAGGACUUGGAGCAGCUCUUAAAGCCAUCGGAGCUCAAUCCGUCACCGGUGACCUUGCCACCACCGUUUCCUGGUUUGGCUAGGCAGCAAUGGUCACAACGGCAUGUGGCGCCAAUCCUUGGCCUACCGAUGCGAGGCAAGUCGCACACGGCAAGGGAACUGAAGCGAUACAUUGAGUUCUUUCACGGCUCACGAGCCGAGAUUUUUCAUGUGAGUGAGUAUCAAGGCCCCGGUGGCGACGAUCGGCUCUAUGCGGACCUGAAUCGCUUCUUUGAUACUUCAAGCUCGGUGUGCGCCGAUCCCUACGACUUUGACCAGACUCUGUCUCAAGGGACUGGGGGUUUUGCCAUCAUCUUGUGUGGUGAUUCCGUGGCGUCGACCCAAUCGAUGUGGAGUUCACACACCAAGUGGCACCGCCGUUGGAUGGCCCGCAAACUUGAAGACGAACUAAAGGCAGAGGUGUGCUUUAUUCAGAUCACGGUUGAUGAUCCAAAAGGUGACAAGUACUUGUGUGACUUGGCGUCGAUGCGUGGAAUCGAUCUCAAGCAAAGCGAGGAGCUGAUUCAGAACUACCAGGACCACUAUGUACCCAUCCAAAUGGAUGGCUCUGAAGACGGUACCCCAUUCAUCCACAUGAUGAAUUAUACCAGAAAGAUGGUGGUAAACAAGAUGAUGCGAUCAUUUGUCGGGUCAGCAGUUUGCCACUUUCUCUCCAACCUGCACCCCUUCGACCACAAGAUCUUUUUGGCCCGUCACGGGGAGAGUGAGUUCAAUGUGGAGAUGAGAAUCGGUGGCGACUCUGGUCUCUCCGCUCGAGGAGAAGAAUUUGCGCGUCGCACUGCAGAGUUUGCAAAGUAUAUUGUUUGUGGCCACGCCAGUGACUUGGUAUGUGUUACACUUUCGGCAGAUGAGGUGCGACGGAUACCUGAACAUUUGAUCGAGCUUUGGGGGUGCAUUGUAACCUCUGACGACUGGAAAGGCUUCGGCGAUAGCAGUGGAGCAGAGAUCUACAGGUACAUGCAGCUGAGGCGCGUGCAGGUGGGUUGGGGCUCCGACUUCGAAGACGCACCGGACCACAUGGAUGAACUCCUGGAGCGCUUGGGUGGGGCCAAGGUGGUGACCUUGGUCCUGGUUGCGGGAGACACAUCAGAUGCCGGAAGGGUGCCAGGGCGACUCUGGACCUCUUCGCUGCGGAGAACCAUCGAAACGGCCCAGUUCAUCGAGCAUCCAGAGUUGUCAGGUCCUGAUGGCAAGACCUUCUUCCAAAUGCGGGGGCGCCAGUUCAGGAACAUGGAUGAAGUCUACGCGGGUGAGUACGAUGGUUUGACCGAGAAGGAGAUACAGCAGCGAGCGCCAGAUGUUAUUGAGGAUAGAAAACGGGACAAGCUUGGUUUCCGGUAUCCUCGAGGUGAGUCCUACUACGAUGUGAUUGCAAGGUUGGAGUCCGUCAUGUCGCAUUUGGAGCGGAUCCAGCAGCCCAUCAUGAUUAUUUCGCAUCAGGCCGUGCUGCGGAUGAUGUAUGGCUGGCUCAUGCACUUGAACAGGGAAGAUGCCAUUGAGACACAGGUUCCGCAACACAUGGUUGUGAGGAUCACGUUUGAUGGGCUUGGAAAUCCGCCGGUUGAGAGACGCUUCCCGCUGGGGCCGAUGCAGAUGGCCGACGACGGCCAAAAGAACCUGUGAACGGCACAGAAAACGCGCUGGCGGCGCAGGAGGAGGCCUACUGCCUGAGGCAGCAUGCCAAUUGGAGGAACCACAUCCACUUCUCGCGGCUGUGUUUGGUACUGUAACUGGGGCACUGGACGGCCCACAUGCAGCAUACAUGCCCUGCUCAACUUCAAACCAAGCCUCUUCAAACAUGUUGGGUUUUCAAGCAGCUGCGGUCAUGGAUUUUGGCAGAUCCAGUUUGUCUUCUGACCGCGCGCAUGCGCUGCGGGCGCAAAUAGUCUUCUGACUCUUUUAAUACUUUUUUGAUGCCAUUUUCUUUUUACAUAGCUGGUCGCUGUGACGAGAUUCCUCAAGGUGACGGAACUUUCCGUAAAA